AGCUUCCGGGUACCUCCUCCACGUAAGAAGGAGGGUUCCCGUAUUGGCUCCAAAAUCGCUUCUUUUUUGUUUUUUGUUUUUUGUUUUUUUUUUUCAUUUUCCUUAGAAUUUAUAUCGUUCUACUAAUAUCAACAACUGGUCUAGGGUUUAUAGUUUAGAAAGAGCUUACAAUGGCGGUGUCAAGCUGCGUGCUUUUGUUGAUCACCAUUCUUUCCCUUACGGUCUCCGCCACGGUCGGCCUUGACGGUAAUAACUCUCAGGGCGUGACCUACGACGGGAGGUCUUUGAUCAUCAAUGGAAAACGAGAGCUUCUUUUUUCGGGCUCUAUACAUUACCCUCGUAGUACCCCGGAGAUGUGGCCGGACCUUAUCUCAAAGGCUAAACAUGGAGGUUUAAAUAACAUUCAAACCUAUGUGUUUUGGAACAUUCAUGAGCCUGUGCAAGGACAGUACGAUUUUCAUGGAAAUUACGAUUUGGUGAAGUUCAUCAAGCUGGUCGGGGAGCAAGGACUGUAUGUGACCCUAAGGGUUGGACCAUUCAUCCAAGCUGAAUGGAACCAUGGAGGGCUUCCAUAUUGGCUAAGAGAGAUCCCUGGCAUUGUCUUCCGUACUGAUAACGCGCCGUUCAAGAACCACAUGAAAAAAUAUGUGAAGAUGAUUAUAAAGAAGAUGAAAGAUGAGAAACUAUUUGCUUCACAAGGAGGCCCCAUCAUUUUAUCACAGAUUGAAAAUGAAUACAACCAUAUACAACUUGCAUAUAGAGAUUUGGGAAGAAGAUAUGUUCAGUGGGCUGCAAACAUGGCAGUGGGAUUGAAAACUGGAGUUCCAUGGAUCAUGUGCAAGCAGAGGGAUGCUCCUGAUCCAGUGAUCAAUACUUGCAAUGGAAGGCACUGCGGCGAUACUUUCACAGGGCCAAACAAACCCUCCAAGCCUUCUUUAUGGACUGAAAACUGGACUGCUCAGUAUAGAGUAUUUGGAGACCCUCCAUCCCAAAGAGCAGCAGAAGAUAUUGCCUACUCAGUUGCCCGCUUCUUCUCAAAGAAUGGAACUCUGGUCAACUACUAUAUGUACCAUGGUGGGACAAACUUUGGUAGAACAAGUGCUGUCUUCACAACAACUCGCUACUAUGACGAAGCUCCUCUUGACGAAUAUGGUUUGCAGAGGGAACCUAAAUGGGGUCACCUUAAGGACUUGCACAGGGCUCUAAAUCUAUGCAAAAAGGCUCUGCUUUGGGGUGUUCCUAGUGUCCAAAGGUUGGGCAGGGAUACUGAGGCUCGACUCUUUGAGAUGCCUGGAACAAAUGUCUGUGCUGCAUUUUUGGCCAACAACAACUCAAGAGAGGCAGUGACUGCAAGUUUCAAGGGUGUGGAUUAUUACCUGCCACCGCGUUCCAUUAGCAUUCUCCCUGAUUGCAAGACUGUGGUCUUCAAUACUUUAACAAUAGUAUCUCAACAUACUGCAAGAAACCUUAAGAGAUCAAAGGUUGCAAAGAACCUUAAAUGGAAGAUGUCCCCAGAAGUCAUCCCAACUGUCGAGCAAUUGCCAAUUGAUUCCAGGGAACCAAAGGAGCUCUAUAGCCUGCUGAAGGAUACCACAGACUAUGCAUGGUACACCACUAGCAUAGCAUUGGAUCCCCAUGAUUUGCCAAUGCGGCCUGAUAUUCUCCCUGUGCUACGCGUUUCAAGUCUUGGCCAUGCCUUGCAGGCAUUUGUGAAUGGCGAAUAUGUUGGAUCGGCACAUGGGAGCCAUGACGAGAAGAGCUUUGUCUUUGAGCAUGCCGUGAACUUCAAGCCUGGUGUUAAUCAUAUAUCACUGCUUGCCAUGACAGUGGGACUCCCAGAUAGCGGAGCCUACAUGGAGCACAGGUUUGCCGGUCCUCGUGCUAUAACCAUCCUAGGUUUGAACACUGGAACUCUCGAUCUGACAAUGAAUGGUUGGGGGCAUCAGGUUGGCCUAACAGGAGAAAAGGUUAAAGUGUACACUCAGUCAGGAUCACACAGGGUAGAAUGGAAGAAAGCCAAGGGACAAGGACCUGCUCUGACAUGGUACAAGACAUAUUUGGAUGCUCCUGAAGGGAAAGACCCAAUUGCAAUCAGGAUGAGAGGUAUGGGCAAGGGAAUGAUUUGGGUGAAUGGUAAAAGCAUUGGCCGUCACUGGAUGUCCUUCCUCUCUCCUCUUGGAAAGCCUUCUCAAUCAGAGUACCAUAUCCCAAGAUCCUUCAUAAAGCCAUCAGAAAAUCUCCUUGUUGUAUUGGAGGAGGAGAAAGGGAACCCCAAAGAAAUAGACAUCCUUCUUGUCAAUAGAGACACCAUCUGUAGCUUCAUAACAGAGUACUAUCCACCCCAUGUGAAGUCAUGGCAAAGGAAGGACAGCAAAAUCAGACCUGUUUUGGAUGAUGUGAAGCCAGCAGCUCAUCUCAAAUGCCCACACAAGAAGGAAAUCAUUGCUGUGCAGUUUGCUAGCUUUGGUGAUCCUUAUGGCAUUUGUGGAAACUACUUUAUGGGAAACUGCAAUGCUCCCGUUGCCAAGGAAGUUGUUGAACAGCAUUGCUUGGGAAAAUCUAGCUGUUCAGUUCCAAUUGAGAGAGAGCUUUUCAUCAAGAACAAUGAUGGAUGUCCGGAUAUCAAAAAGACACUUGCCAUACAAGUGAAGUGUGACCGCAAGAAGAAUUAGAGAAUAUAUCAAAUGGAGUUGGACGAGUGUUUGCAAUCACUGGUUUGAACUUUGAACAGUGAUGUCAAGUUUAUGGUAGUUUCAAUGGAAAAGUAGACUUGAGAGUUAUUGAGAUUCAAAUUUAUUUUUUUAUUCUUUUUUACUAGUA